AUGACAGUCAAGAAAAGAUCUCUGGCCAGCUUGCGGUCGCAGCUGCAUUUGCUGACGGGCUUCAUAGCGGGAUUUGUUAGUGCGUUUAUGCUAUUGUUGUAUAUCUACGAUGUGAACAGUGGCAUGCCACAUGCGCCCACCAGCAGCAGCAGCAGCAGUAGCAGCGUUCGAGCUUAUCAGCUGGCGCCAGCAGCUGCAAGUCGCGUGCUCUGCAUGGUGCUGACCUGUCCGGAUUAUGUGGAGCGCUAUGCGCAGCAUGUGGCUGCCACGUGGGGCAAGCGCUGCAGCAAGCUGCUGUUUGUUAGCAGCGAAGACUACGAGCCGCUGGGCGUGGUGCAGGUCGUGCAAAGCGACAGCUAUGAUGAGCUGUGGAAUAAGACGCACGAGGGCUUUCGUCAUGUUUGGCUGCAGUAUGGCGAGCAGUACGAUUGGUUCCUCAAAGCCGACGACGAUACCUAUGUCAUUAUGGAGAAUCUGCUGCAAUUGCUGAGCGCCUAUGAUGCGGAUAUGCCCGUAUAUUUUGGCUAUCAAAUGAGCCGCUAUAAUGUGAGCUAUAUGUCUGGUGGGGCUUCCUAUGUGCUGAGUCGUGAGGCCCUGCGGCGCUUUAUGAGCCAAGCUUAUGGUAACAGCAAGCUCUGUCCUGCGCCCAAGACCAUGGGCAUUGAAGAUUUCUACAUGGGCAUCUGUUUGCAGAAUGUGGGCGUGCGGUUAAUAGACUCUCAGCGUGCCUUGCCCCAGCUGGAUGAGCGGCCAAAGUUUAUGCCCAUCAAUGUGGCUAAUUAUCUGUAUAACGGAAAUAUCAGCAUACCCGAUUGGCUGCGCGCCAUGAGCCUCAACGAAAUCGAAACAGGCUACAACUGCUGCUCCAAUUAUUCGAUUGCGUUUCAUUAUACCAAACCGGAGCUCAUGUAUCUUUAUGAGUUUUUCUUAUAUCACUUGCGUGUCUAUGGGCGCAAGUAUGCGGAAGAGCCGCCCGCCAAAUUAACAGCAGCUGAAAUUAUGGAAAUGUUUCCACUCGAGAACAAUUCAAAUAUACAAGACUUGUCUCAAUGGGCGAAUAAGCCGGAUAAUUUUUAA